AUGAUUUCUUCGCUCUUCUUCAGCGCUGCGACCCUAGCUGUCGCGUCGAGCGCAUUAGCACAGGAUGUCCAGCAUGGCUGCGGCAGCUCUCUGCCUGAGGGUCUCGAGGCGGACAAAUCCGUCAACUUCACUAUGGAGAGUGCCAGUGGGGUGUCUCCACGCGGAUACCGUCUUCACCUUCCCAAAUCGUACGACACAAACAAGAAGGUCCCCCUGAUCCUGUCUUUCCACGGCCGGGGCAAAGAUGCCAAAUUUCAAGAAGAGCUCUCGCAAUUUUCGAAUGCAACGUAUGGGUUCGAAGGCAUUUCUGUGUACCCGGAAGGUGUAGCCAUGAACAACUCGAAACGCACCCAGCAGUUCCAAGGCGACCCGGACUCCCCACCGUCAGUCGAUGACGUGACCUUCACAUUGGAGCUGCUCAAUGUACUUCAAAAGACUUAUUGCAUCGACACAUCGCGAAUCUGGGCUACUGGAAAGUCCAACGGCGCGGGCUUCACGACAGUGCUCGCUUGCGACGCUGAAGCUACGAGGAGGAUCGCUGCAUUUGCACCAGUAUCAGGAGCCAUCUACCUGGACUCAACCCAACAAUUGCCGCCUUGCAACCCCAGCCGCCUUCCCAUCCCAAUAAUGGAGUUUCACGGUUUUAAGGACACCACGAUCCCCUAUGCCGGCGGUGAGAAUACGCGUGGCACUGCGAACUCCACUGAUAUCGUGACUUAUGUAGAUGACUGGGCCAAGCGCGAUGGAUUCGAGGUUGACGCAAACAAAACAUCACACCUCUGCAGUGGAAGCGAACUAGUGACCAGGUACAGUUGGGAGGAGACUGUCAUUCACUACAACUACUCCAACUUGUUCCACAAUUGGCCCAGCUCUUUCCCAAACGGCGAUACUGCAAAGUAUCUUACGUGCAGGGAAGCAGAGGCCACACCUAUCAUCCUUAAAUGGUUCAAGAAGUGGACUUUGUGA